AUGAGGAAAAUUAUGGGUAAAUACUUGCUAUGCAUUUGCCUGCUCGCGAUCCCGUUGUCUUCGGCGGAGGACAUGAUGAAGAGAGCGCGUGAGACGCAGAGGGACGCAGAUUUAGUUUGGAGCCAACGACAACUGUUUGCCAGGCAGAGGGCUCCUGAACAUCAUGCAAGUCAUGGUCCUAAAUCCAAGCAAGAGACGAGAGGCCCGGUGCGCAGCUGUAGUGGUCUGUUGGAGAACUGUUCCCCUAAAGAGCCAUGCUGUGAUCCCUGUGCCUCCUGCCACUGUCGCCUCUUCAACACCAUAUGCCGCUGCUGGAGGAUGGGCUCGCACUGCUCGAGGAAGAUGUAG